CCCAGUAUGUUUUCAGUUCUGCUGCACGUUAUACGUAUUUGUUUAAAUAUAAUUUCUGCAUCGACUAUCGGCGCUACAGGUACACCCAUUUAUAAGAAUAAAAACUGUUGCCUGCAAGGUAAACUAGUAUUCAAAGAUUAUCACAGAAAGCUGGAGUAACUCAGUGGGUCAGACAGCAUCUCUGCUGAAAAGGAAUAGGUGACUUUUCGGGUCAAAACCCUUCUUCAGACCCAACCUCAUACAUUCCUUCUAUCUAGAGAUGCUGCCUGCCCCGCUGAGUUACUCCAGCAUUUUGUGUCUAUCUUCGGUGCGAACCAGCAUUUGCAGUUCCUUCCUACACAAACUAUUAUUCAAUUUGCAGGGGAGGGCAGACUCGAGUUGCAUUACUUAAAAGGGUGGCCAUUGUAAAUGCGAGGCGGUUUCCGCAAUUCUUUAAGUGGCAAGUGUAUAUAUUCCCACCACCCAGCCCAAGUGCCUAUCGUGGUACUAUUGUAGGGAAUCUCUGCAAAGCCAUUGGUUGUGGUCUUAAGUAGCCGCCCAGUGCUUUAGUGAUGAUGCUGCAGAUCUAUUUGGGAAGUUGGCUUGGUUUCAAACCAGCCUCAAGCUGAGCUCUAUAUAAAAAUAUGCACUGUGGUAUCCAGCGCAUGAAUGAAACCUGCAGGACCUUGUAGUCGGCAGACAUGGAGCACAAAACUCAACUAACGCUGGCUUUUCUUCUUGUUCAGGUGCUGCACCAAGCAUUCACAGUUAGUUCAGACUGCACACCUGGAUUCCAGCAGAAGAACUAUCGAGUCUUACAGUCCUCAGACUAUAAAAAGGACCAGUUCAUUUUGAAAGUGCUCUUUGAUGACUGCAGUGGGAAUGAAGGACUGGAGUUUUCAAUUUCAAAUCCAGACUUGCGGGUUGAAGCAGAUGGUUCUGUGUUUGCUACAAAAGAUAUGGAGCUGAUUAUACCUGGAUUCCACAUCCAAGCAGCAUCUGUUCAUAUGCAGGACUUGGCCAAAGUUCAGAUCGCAAGAGAAGACACGGGCAGUAGUUUUUUGAAGGAGGCCAUGAGGAUUGGAAACUAUUCUAUUCUGCACAGAAGUAAACGAUCUUUAAUAGCUCCUCCCAUUUCGUUCCCUGAAAAUCAAAGAGGACCGUUCCCUAAAUCUAUUGGAUGGGUAAUAACUGACAGGAAAGAGAACAUCAAUUUUCAACUCCGUGGCAAAGGCGUGGACGAGGAACCAAAGGGCAUUUUCAAAAUCAAUGAACAGUCUGGACAAAUCAGUGUGACCCGUACAUUGGAUCGUGAGACGAUGGAGACGUACAUUCUGCAAGUUGAACUUACUGACCCUAGUGGAAAGCUCCUUGAAGGACCAGCCACACUGUACAUCACUAUUAUCGAUCAGAACGAUAACAAACCCCUCUUCAGGGAAGGACCAUACGUGGGCCACGUUUUGGAAGCAUCUCCCACUGGAACUACCGUGAUGCGACUGACAGCUCACGAUGCCGAUGAUCCGAGCACAAACAAUGCUGUUCUCCGCUACAGUAUCGUACAACAAACACCAGAGACACCAUCUCCAAACAUGUUCUACAUAGACUCAGAGAAGGGAGAUAUCGUCACUGUGGUGCCACCAUCAAUGUUAGACCGUGAGACUUUGGAAGUCUGCAAAUACGAAUUGAUUGUAAUAGCUAAAGAUAUGGCCGGCAGUGAUGUGGGAUUGACAGGCACAGCCACAGCAACUAUCAUCAUAGAUGACAAGAAUGACCAUGCACCUGUGUUCACCAAGUCGAUGUUUCAAGCUACAGUGAAUGAAGGAUUUACUGGCAUCAUAGUAAAUCUUACAGUGGAGGACAACGAUGACCCUGCUACUGGUGCGUGGAGAGCUGUCUACACCAUCAUCAAUGGAAACCCUGACAGUAACUUCAAGAUUGAAACCAAUCCGAAGACUAACGAUGGCAUGCUAUUUGUCGACAAAUCUUUGGAUUAUGAAAGAUCUGCAUUUCACACGCUGCUAAUUAAAGUGGAGAACGAAGACCCAAUCAUGCCAGAGAUCAGUUACGGUCCCAGUUCUACCACCACGGUGCAAGUUACAGUCGUUGAUGCGAAUGAGCCACCUAUUUUCAAUCCAGACCCAACAAUUGUUGUCAAACCGGAGAAUAUUCCCAUAGGCAGUGUUGUUGUGACGUUGAAUGCAACUGACCAAGAUAUUCUACAGAAACAGACAAUUAGGUUUGCGCAGUUUCAGGAUCCUGCCGGAUGGCUGACCAUCAAUCCCACAAAUGGCACCGUUACCACCAGAGCUACACUGGACCGGGAAUCUCCCUUUGCGCACGACAGUCAAUACACAGCGUUAUUUCUUGCAACUGACAAUGGAGACCCCGUCGCCACUGGCACUGGUACCUUGAUUAUCACCAUGCUGGAUGUGAAUGACAACCCACCCUCUGUUUAUCCAACCAUAGCCAAGUUCUGUGAAGAUUCAAAGGAUCUCAUUGUGGCCAUUCUAGGAGCAACAGAUAAAGAUCUUGAACCAAAUGCUGAUCCAUUCAAAUUUCAAUUGGGCAAGCAAGUUGGAAUUGAAAAAACCUGGAAGGUCACUCAACUCAACAGCAGCCAUGCUCAGCUCAGCCUCUUGCAUCCGCUGAAAAGAGCGAACUACAAUUUGCCAAUUGUGGUGACGGAUAGCGGGAAGCCCCCAUUGACCAACAGCACAGAUGUUUUAGUCCAAGUCUGCUCCUGCAAGAAGAACAAAAUGGACUGCAGCACAGCCAACUCUCUCCACAUCAGCACCACACUCCUCCUGAUUUCUAUCAUCACAUUCUUCUGCCUGUAACAAGAACUGAUGUCUGAUGCUGCCCACGGAGUUGCUAUGGCAACAAGAGGGGGAAAUAAAAGCCAAAUCCGAAGAUUUUACAGGAUUUACAGUCGCUCAAGUUCUAGACCUCCUUGCUCCAAGCACGCUUUAAUUUGUACCUUCACUAGUCUAUCAAACUGUGCUACAGUCAAUGACAGCCUCUGACCUUAACUAGCUUCCACUAAUGGGUUCCGCCUAGAUAAGCAAGUGUUGCAUUGCUUUUCCUUGAAGUUAGACUGAACACCCAAUGCAGAGGACAUGACGAUAGAAUACACAAUUAACCCAAUAUUCUGCUCUACAAUAUUUUAAUUGUAAUAGCAUUGAAAAGAAGGCUAUUUUGUCAAAGCAAAACAUUUUUUACAGGAGACACUAUUUGGAAGCUAAGUAAGACAUGCUGUUGGUUCUUGUAAGGCAAAUUGUUCUCUGUGUGUCAAGGAAGUUUUAAGACAAAUUGUUCUUUGUGUCAAGGAAGUUAAACAUAGAUUGUGCGUAAGUGGUAAAUAUUGCUGUACAUGCCUUUUGUUUCCUAAUUUCUUUUUUCAACCAGUAAUUUUAAGCAGAAUUAAAUUCAGUAACCUCUAUACUGCCACAUACAGGAGUGUAUCAGGUAUUACAUUAAAACUGCCCCACUCUGUCAUCACUAACCGUGUUUGAACUAAAGGUUUGCAUGGCUUCAAAUUAGGGGUAGUCGAUGACGGCAGAGUAAAGGGCAAUAUGCUUUCUUCUAGAAUAAGUCAGGACUCUGGCAGUUAGCUAUCCGAUGGGUUAAGAACUGAGCAUAAGCUUGUCACAGCAGUUGGAAUGUUGCAUGCUAAUGAAUCUGCAUCAGCGUGGGGUUUGUGAUCUAUUCCCGGUGGGAGUCACAAUGCAAGAAAUCCUCGCGUUAUUAAUUAUCUUGCAGCUUUGCCAGUCUGUGUCUUACUUACAUUCGAUGUUCAACUAUGAGAGUUGUUAGUGUUUGCUCAUUUCUUUGAUCCACCAUCUUAUGGUUAUUGGCAAAGAGACUGCAGAACUCCCUCAUAUCUCCGUCGCCCAUUAAUCUUAAUAGUGUGGCAGGUUUCUUGCAAUCGGUAUUUUGGAACACGCGCCAGCCAUCGAGGCAAUCCCGCCAUCAGCCAUCUCCUUUCUUUGUCCUAAGUAUCUGUCUUAAUGAUAUUAAAUGCCCACAUCCUGUAUCACAUGCAUUAUUCCUGUGCAUGUUGCCUAAUAAAACUCAGCCUGUGGGUCUGUAAUGCUAAACAGGUCUAUUUAAACCAUAUGUCUACAUAAUAAAUAUAUUUCAAAUGGAAGAUAUAGCUGUGAUGUAAUUCUCUUGUGAGCGUAAAUGUAAAGUCUGGUGCAGGGAAAUCCCUGCCCAAACAACUGUUAUAAGCCUCCUUUAUAAAACUACAGAAUCCAAAGACAGGGAUGGAUUUUAAACUUAUUGCAAGUAUUUACCGGUGCAUAGCUGUUUCCUUCUUUCUCUUGAUCUAUGUUUCACAUAAUAGUUACAGCUCCAAGAGCUAGUUAUGACUGCUUUCAACAUAAAUCAUCCACAUUUUUUUGGUUAAAAGAAGCCUAUUUUACAUCUAAAAAAAAUCGUAACAUUUGAUGGUACAUAUAUAGGAGCCUGCUUCAUUUAAUGCCAUUUUGUUCUGAUUACUAUUACUGCACAUCCUGCCAGACGGAGAUAACUGCAUCACUUCAAAAUUACUUUUGAACUUACCUUUCAACAAAAUGUUCAGCAAUUCUGAAUAAUUUCUGGGAACACUUUCUGAGCAGUUCUCCAGACGUGAACUAAGAAUUCUCCCUUUCAGAAUAUCAUUGAUGAUAUAAGAAGAAGGAGCAGGUGUAGGUAGAUCAACCUUUUAGGCUUUUUCUGUCAUUUAAUAAUAUCAUGGUUUGUUCUCCAACCUGAACAAAACCAAUUUAAUCUACUCUUCACAUCCCUUAAUCCCCAUAGCAUUCAAAAUUAUCUUGCAAUGCUUAAGAGGUGAACAUCUGCAACCCUCAGAUUCACAGCCCUUUGACUGAAGAAAUAUCUUUUCAUCUAUAGCCUAUAUAACUAUUGCCGAAUUUGAGACUUGGUAUGGAAUUGGCACAGCAGUAAAGCUAACUAGCUGGCAGUCAAGGGAUGUAAUUUCAAGCUGUUGACAUGGCCGGGGACUUAAAACUCCAUUAAAUAAUCUAGAAUUCUUCCAAUGAUGACCACCAAACCCAUCUGGUUCAUGAAUAUCCUUCAGGAGAGGAACUAUGGUCUGGUUUCCAUGUGAGACAUCCCUCCUGGUUGACUCUUAAAACAGCUAAGCAAGCCAUGCAGUUGUUACAAUAACCUGUUCACGGGGCUUUGAGCGCCGGACAGUAAAUGCUGCCCUUGCCAGGCAUCCCCUGAUAAUGAAUAUAAAUAAAAGAUAAAAUAUUUCUCUAAAUAAUCACCUUAGUAUUGCCAUAAGAAGCCUCUUAAGAGAUUUAUAUUGUCACCUUCCAAUUUUAUGAGCUAUAGGUAAUAAAGCUCAAAGUAUCUCAUCCCAAGAAUGAAUCUAGUGAACAGUCUGUUAAUCCAACUGUAUCCUUCUUUGGGCAAGUAGACAAAUUGGGCAGCACAGUGGUGCAGCGGUAAAGUUGCUGCCUUGCAGCGCUUACAGCGCCAGAGACCCGGGUUCAAUCCCGACUACGGGUGCUGUCUGUACAGAAUUUGUAUGUUCUCCCUUUGACCCCAUGGGUUUUCUCCGAGAUCUUCGGUUACCUCCCACAAAGGUUCGGAGGUUAAUUGGCUUGGCAUGAAUGUAAAAUAGGCCCUAGUGUGUGUGUAGGAAUUGUUAACCUGCAGGGAUCGUUGGUCAAUGUGAAUUUGGUGGGCUGAAUAGCAUGUUACUAAACUAAACUAAAAACUAAACAAACAUUUUGUGAUAUCCAGGUGCACCCUCACUGCAAGAAUUCUAAAACCUAGUGAUUAAGUUUGCAACAUAGAAUUUUAUUGCCAAACGGAUCGGUGACUCUGUCUAUUCUGACUUAAUCAUGGUUCCAAGCCCGUUGUGUGUUUGCACCAAGACACCUGGAUUUGCACAUUUGAGCUACUGGGCUGAAAGCUGGCCACCUCAGCCUCAGUAUUCACUAACUUCUCCUUGUCCCACGGAUGGUGCAAGCCUUUGCAAUGAAUCCUUGCAGGCUAGCAUCUAGAGAUGUCGACAAUAAGGUGUUAUGUGAUAAAAGCCAUCUGAGACUCCAUAUUUAGUUUACUCGUACUCACUCAACCAUGACUGAUACUCUCUAAGCCUCAACCUACCCAACCAAACACUACCCUGAGCACCCCUUUCCAACUGCCAUGACCUAACUCUCAAGCCCCCAAAUGCCCCUCCUUCUGACUGAUGCACUGACCCUCCACACCAACCAAGGGCCACUGUGAUACCACCUAUGACUUGUGAGCUAUCUUUUUUUUCCAGUGGUGGAGCAAGUGGAGGAAAAAAAUCUGUGUCUGCAUUAAACAUGCAAGGAAAGCUCUAUUGCAUGCAGAGUCUUGGACUUCAUGCACAUUCAAAGUGUGCACCAGCAGUCCUUGUACUAAACAAGUCCCAGCCCUCAACAAAUCUCUAUGCUGAGAACGUUUUGCACCUUAUUAUACUCCAACCCCUUUCUAAUAUAGGUAAUGUACCAUUUACUUUCCAAAAUUUUGCAAUUAAUUUUUUUGUGAUUCAUUGUCAAAGAUACAUAGAUUGCUCUGAAUGCCAACAACUCCCGGUCUCUCCCCUUUGAAAAUUAUUAUGCGAUUCUACCCCUCCUACCAAAUAGUGCAAAUUAUGCCUGUUAUUCUGUUCACCAUACCUGUCCACAAACCGAGGCAGUCCGUAACUCUUAUUAACUGUGUUGAAUCUUGCCACUUAUUUCCUACUCAGCUUUCUUUUACCAGCAGAUCUGAAUAUCUUACACUUUGUUCCCUCGCCUGAUUCAUUGAUAUUGACUGUAAAAAGCUAAAGCCUGCAGCAUUGAUUCUGAUACUCCACAGCGACACUCACCAACUCGAAAAUGACUCCUGUGCUUUUAUUCAGUUUUCCUACCUUAUCAAUCUCUGCCAACAUAUUAUUCGCAUUUGCAGCAUUCUAAUCUGUGUGGAAUAAUGGUGCAUAAAGGCAAAUAAAUUGGACAGUAUAAAAUGUGACAGUGAAUUAAGUUAGAGCAUCGUCUUUUCAAGACCCACCGUUUGAAUGUGGUCUAAGGACGACAUUGAUCCUAUCAAGACCAUACGUAAAGUGCAACAAUUUAAUUUAAUCUGUAUAAAUGUAGAGUAACAAAACUCCUAUCGAUUUGUUUAGUUAAUGUUAGUAAGUUCUACAGAUUGUAAACAAACUGAGAAACUCAAGCCAGUUCUCUGACAUGGGCAUUUAAGUGACGUGACAUUGGUGUAAAAGGAAAAUCCAGCAGGUCUUCUGGCAGCUUAAUAUCUGUCCUGAUUUUAUUUCCCAUUUAUUUUGGUGCAAAAUUAGCCCUGUUGGCUCCAUUACAGAAUCUGCCCUGCCAGUGUUAUUUUGCCACCCAAAAGCAAAUAGGGAAUGUUACUUUUCUUCCUCAAUAUUUCGCAAAAUUGAUUCUUUAAUGUUAAUAUAAUUAGCUCAAAAUCGAAUAGCAGCAUAAUUUGGGGAUUCAAAAGGACAACAAAAAUUCCUAAUAGAGGCAUUUAGGAACAUGUAAAACAAGUCUAUAAACCAACCACCCUCAUCUUCUCCCACCCAUCACUAAGGGAUUGUCUCAAUUUUUCAGUCCAUUACCUAAGCACUAUCUCCCUCCCUAAACACUUUGGGCAUUAGUGUGUAGUUAAAGGAUUCAUUCAUUUUUGAUUUGUGGCUGAAGUGCGACUGUGCUUUUCUGGCAAUUUCUGUCGUAUGAGCAAGUUAAUGGGACCGAAAAAUAAAUCAGGUAUGCUGGCUGGCAGAAGCCAUUAAAAGCUCCUUGUUCGUGAUAACAGAACUGGCCAAUUUAGUUGUGACAAGUCUGCUAUUAGGAACGAACAACCUUCUGGUGAUUUGAACUGUCAGGGGAAGCUUCCUGGUGGCAGAUGGGAGACAAAAGAAAAGGUUUGAAUAAUGGGUAACUUGUAACUGUUUUUAAACGCAACAUUAAUUUUCAUCGUAAUCUUUACUUUUUUUUUUGUCCUACAACUGAGACCCCAGGAACAGUCUGCUUUCAAAUACCUCUUAUCUACCUACCAUAGGGGGUUCCUGAAUUGCUCUUUAGGUCACUGGUUGAUCCCCGUUAUAUAAUUCUCAGUGGAAAUCUCUUUGUGUUGCACCACUUGUUCUGAGGAUGAUUUCAGUAAAAGAACACAAAUGGGGCUAAAACCUGUCGUAUGGGUCAAACCCAAUGACUCAAUUCAACCCAUGGCAUUAUAAUAAAAGAGUGUUUUGAAAGAAUUAUUUUCAUUGCAGUGUCACUAUGGUUUGAACAAUUGACCCAAGUCUAGCUUGAGGAAAGCAAUUUAUUUGCAAAUGCGCUACAGGGAAUUUGAAAAGGCUGAUGGCUAAAGAGGCUGUGAAAGGCCCAUGUUCAUGUGCAUUAAGACAAUUAAUAUCAAAUGAAUUAUAUUAUUUUAUUUUUUAAUCAUGUUAUAUUAGUCAUCAUGUUUCCCAUCCACAUUGAUCACUUACUAUAUUUGAUCAUCUGUGUGAACAUAAAUAUACCAGGAUAAAUAGUAUUGAAUAAACAUAAAAAUAGAGCAGAAUUUGAGGGAGCUUUGAGUGGAACAGGCUUAUUAUCAAAUUCAUGAUUAAUCUGAAUUGUUAAAAGAAGCACCUUAGUGAAGAUCUUUACAGGAAAAUAUUGCAACAGUUCCUUGAUAAAAUAUUAUUGCUUUGCGUGGCUGUUUUUAAUGAGCCAGGAUAGCCAGAAUUGUCAUGUUUGGGGUCACAGUUAGUUUUCCAACAAACUGUGGGAUAAAAGACAUUUACACCUUUCAGAUUCAGAGCAUCGUACAUGAAGUGUUUCUCAAACAGUCUUAAUCCAGCUUCUGGUAGGCAAGAGCGCAUAUAACAAAACUUUUCCUAAUUUGGCACAGGUUAGUGCUAAAUUGGCAAUCUACUUAGAACGACCUCAUGGAUGACUGAUGCAGGAAAUUAAAAAUGUCACUCUGCUGUAAUUGAAGCAGAUGUCUAUUAGUCAGCCUGCCUGUGGGAAGCCUCACACUGGAUCUGAUCAAACUAUUCCUUAUUGUUGAUGCUGAAUGCUGAUACUGAUUGCUUGAAAUAAAAAUGUGGGCUGAAGGUGGAAUAAAUUUUCCUCUCCCUGACCACGAUGCAAAAACAUUUAUGGAUUUUUUUUCUGUAUAUAAAACAAAACUGCUUUGCUGUUGCUCUGCCAGUUUAUUUUUAACACUGUUUACUGAGUGGCACAGUGGAGCAGCAAUAGAGUUGCUGCCUUACAACGCUUGCAGUGCCGGAGGCCCAGGUUCAAUCUCGACUACGGGUGCUGUCUGUAUGGAGUUUGUUCGUUCUCCCCAUGACCACAUGGGUUUUCUCCGAGAUCUUCGGUUUCCUCCCACACUCCAAAGACGUACAGGUUUGUAGGUUAAUUGGCAUGGUAUAAGUGUAAAUUGUCCCUAGUGUGUGUACGACAUUGUUAGUGUGCGGGGAUCGCUGGUCGGUGCGGAUUCAUUGAGCCGUUGGGCUUGUUUCCGCGCUAUAUCUCUAAACUAAAUUAAAACUAAAAUUAGCUUCCAUUGGGAAGCAGAUCUGCCAAAAAUCUUUAUUUAACAUAAAACCUAUGAGUGGUCACAGUUUAAACUGCUACUUCGGCUGUGAAUGGUGGAUAUGGGAUAGCUUAUUGCUAGGAAUGAAAUGCAAUUUAACCUUACUGUUAUCUGACUUAAAUCUGUGGUGUAUCUCAACUCUAAGCAUUGGCGGAAACAACAAUUUGAGACAAUCCCUUUGAUGACAUUUAAACAAAUUGUAAUUUUAAAUAGACACGAGUAAAGUAUUUAAAUUAAAAAAUGAAAGCAGUCAGGGCAUAACAUAAUGUGGCACUCUAGGAGUUUGAAAUAGUAUUAUAUCAAUUAUAUUUCCUCUUAUUAAAUGUUAUUUGUGAAAUGAAUCUCAGUAUCUUUAUUAGUGAAUGUACAAAUGCAAACUGAUGCACAUUAUGUUUCAGAUGCACAUAUUAAAUGAAAUUUUGUUAUUGAAAAAAUAAAUAUAUUUUUUUUCUCUCAGUUGUAAGGGUAAAAUGUGGCUGCCCUAACCAAGCAUACCAUCUCUAACCACUUUAUUUUUACUGCUUUGAACUUCAUAACGAAAUGUUCUUUUUGCCAAAUUGAUCCACUUGGAUAUAGGUGCUGUUAAUUAACUGAUUAAAACAUAUUUGCUGAAAUGCUUGCUGUUACUUAGCUGUAAUAAAUGUUACAUUCAUGAACAUGAUGUGAUUGCUAAACAAAACUUGUAUUUAUUUGUGCGAUGCUGAAAUAAAGGAAGUCUGGGAUUUUAUUCUUCUGUGAAUCAUUGAACU